AUGGCCAAUUGUUCAGAUAGUAGCGUGAAUUACUUGAAUCUACUUGUUCUCAGAAAAGGAGUUAUUCCUUGUCCAGGAAAAAGCUGUUACAGUGAUUUUCAGCUGUCAGAGGUGAACUGGUACAAGAAUGGAUUAAGAAUAAGACUUCAAAAGGAUAAAAGACCAUCUCUGAGAUUUGAGGAUGAUAGUAUAGUAUUGUAUCAUGUCUACGAUGCAGAUAAUGGUACUUAUGUAUGUGAUUAUACACUGACUGACAACAAUACCCAGUGGACCAUGAGAACAAUAGUAAACGUAACUAUCAUUGCACAAGAUACUAUCAAUCGCCCAGAGGUUCUGGAUCCCCGUGGUGUGAGAAUCCUUGAAGUAGAACUUGGGCAACCGCUUGAGCUCAAAUGCCGAGCACAGUUUGGUUUUGAACUAAAUGCUUCCUCUUUGAUGCAGUGGUACAGAGAAACCGGUGAAAGGAAGCAACUGCUAAAGCAAAAAUGGGUCAAUCCAAAGGAACUAGAAGGCAGCUGCUUUGAUCUUGCUUUCAACCUGACCAAUUUAACUGAAGAGGAUUUAAACAGCCAAUUUGUCUGCCUGGCUCAAAACUCCAUUGGGAACACUACGGGGGUGUUCAGAUUUAAGAAGAGAACAGAAAGAGCUCUUCUCUUCUUGCUCACUUUGUGCUGUUCCAUGACAACUGUAUUUCUAAUCUUUUUGGGAAGUGUGGUGAUUUACCGGCACCGGAUUGAAAUAGUGCUGUUAUAUCGGAAUUAUGUGGCCAAAGGUGAAACUGCCAGCGAUGGCAAAGAAUUUGAUGCAUUUGUGUCCUGUGCAAAACCAGAUUUCCCUGAAGCAGAUCACACGCUACUCGAUGAGGAAACGUUUGCCUUGGAGAUUCUCCCUCAAGUUUUAGAAAACAAAUAUGAAUAUAAGCUAUGUCUUACUGAACGGGACAUCCUUCCAGGAGGAGCAUACACAGAUGACAUUGUAAACGCUGUCAAGAAGAGCAGACGGGCAAUUGUGGUGUUAAGUCCAAGCUAUGUCAAUGGUCCAGCCCUCUUUGAGCUCGAAACAGCCGUCAACACUGUCCUGGAAGACAAGGCAAUAAAACUCAUCCUAAUUCAGUUCAAGUCUUUCCAGGAGCCUCAGUCAUUACCUCACAAUGUGAAGAUAGCUCUCAGGGUUUUGCCCAGAGUUACCUGGAAAACAUCUGCCUCUCCCACUGUGAAUAAGCAAUUCUGGAGAAAACUGCUGCGUCACAUGCCAGCGAAACAUCCCAACGAAGCUGAGGACAAGUGGUGUUGGUUUCCCCACCUUCAGCUAUUGGGCACAGAUAAGAAAAACGCCACUGCAGGGAGGACAAACUGGACCAAAAAAUGGAGGAAGAUUUGGGAAAGAACUUCCCUAAACUGAAGACUUGUCAGGAGAGGGGCUGUAGCUCAGUUUUAGAGAACAUGUAUCAAAUACAAAACCUUCCCUAGCCUUAAAAGGAUGUUGGGCUUUGGAGCUGAGAGAAACCUUGAGCUGAAACCACAGAGAGCCAUUGGUGGUUUAAACAGACUUCAUGGCCCAAUGGUCAAACAUCAUAUGUUAAAGUGUGGUUAUCUUUCACUCAUGGAAAUAUCCUUAUAGAUGUCAGUAUUUUGUAAUAGUAAAAGGUGCUGAGUGCAGUUGAGCUGUGCCAUGCUUUCACAACAUGACUAUUUAUUGAUAAUUAUUACAUACAUCGGGGGUAAUGCCCACCUGCUGGAAUAAACUUUGGACAAAUAAGUGUUUUCGUACCAUCUCUGAUAACUGGAAUGAGAUUGUGGUUCCCAAGUUACAGGCUGUGUU